ACACAAAAAAGGACAAAAGAGAAGCAACAAAAGCUUUAUAUUAUUUUUAUAUAAGCGCAAAUACGUGCAGAUUCAUCCAUCGCCCUCUUUCACGGAGGGUUCGACAGGUCCUCAUCUUUCUUCCUCAGAUUCUUGCUUUAUUCUCUUCAACAGAUGGAAUCGAUUCCAUCAGUUAUCUCGAACACCAUGUUGUAGGAAAUGGGUUCCCGGCCACGAAAAAAAAUCCGAUCUUUUGCUCCAUCGCCGCUCUCCAACAGCUCAAAACCAUGAAAAUGGAUUUGGGUUUGUUCUGAAUCCUAGUUUAAGGCUUAUUCACGAGGCUUUGAUUAAUGGGUAGAAGAGAAAUCAAGCUUUUGGAGGGUAAGAAAAAUGGGUUUUGGUCUGGUUCGGAGCUGGGGAUUCAGUGGAGUCUCCCAGAGGGUGGUCUCCACCCGGGAGGCUUGUUUGCUUGUGUUGGUCAAGUGGGGAAUAUGGGUUUUGGCAUUUCCCCAAAUCCCUCAAAUUCUAGAGACAACAAUGGUGGCUUCAAGCUACCUUACACAGAUUUGUAUGUGAAGUAUGUGUCUUUGCCCGAGGGUUUUAGGGUUGUUGGAAUUCCGGAGGGGAAAGAAGAGGAAGGAUUGAAGAAGAAAAGGUGUGGGAUGAAGCUUAAAAUCAAGGUUGCUAAUCCCUCAUUGAGAAGGUUGAUAAGUGGGGCGGUUGCUGGAGCCGUGUCCCGGACUGCUGUGGCUCCAUUGGAGACUAUCAGGACACAUUUGAUGGUUGGGAGUAGUGGGCAUUCUACCACUGAAGUGUUCCACAAUAUCAUGAAGACUGAUGGAUGGAAAGGAUUGUUUAGGGGCAACUUGGUGAAUGUGAUAAGAGUUGCACCAAGCAAAGCCAUUGAGUUAUUUGUUUAUGAUACAGUUAACAAGAAUUUAUCACCAAAACCUAGCGAACAGCCGAAGAUUCCCAUCCCAGCCUCGCUGUUUGCAGGAGCUUGUGCCGGAGUUAGCUCUACUCUGGUUACAUAUCCUCUUGAGUUACUCAAAACACGGCUAACCAUACAGGGAGGUGUUUACAAUGGUCUGUUCGAUGCAUUCGUAAAAAUAUUGCAAGAAGGGGGACCUGGGGAGCUCUAUCGCGGUCUCACCCCUAGUCUUAUAGGGGUAAUCCCGUAUGCUGCCACCAAUUACUUUGCUUAUGACACAUUGCGAAAAGCAUACAGGAAACUUGUGAAGCAAGAAAGAAUUGGCAACAUUGAGACCCUUAUAAUUGGAUCGGCUGCUGGUGCCAUUUCAAGCAGCGCAACUUUCCCACUGGAGGUGGCUCGCAAGCACAUGCAAGUAGGGGCUCUCAGCGGGAGGCAGGUCUACAAGAAUGUGCUUCAUGCACUGUCUAGCAUACUUGAACAGGAAGGAAUCCAGGGUUUGUAUAAAGGGCUUGGUCCAAGCUGCAUGAAGUUGGUUCCUGCAGCUGGGAUCUCAUUCAUGUGUUAUGAAGCUUGCAAAAGGAUACUGGUGGAGAAUGAAGAUGAUGCAUAGAAAUAGAAGUCAGAAAUAAUAAAUGAAACUGAGUUAGGAUACGGUUCUAUAUUUCGUUUCUUUGGUAUUCAGUUCAAAGAGCCUGCUUCUUUGGGCUAGAAUUGAUACUUUCAGGACCAACUUAAUUGGUCCUUGUUUCAUGUUUUGCGAGUGAUGUGACUCAAUUUUUUGCACAUUGAUGAGUACAAUGAAAGGCUUCUGCUUCGCAAAGGUUGUAAAA